AUUUAUACUAGUUUUGUGAAAUAUUUCAGGAGCAUCUUGUAAUAUUCAAACAGCGUAGAUUAGAAUCAAAAUGACUUACUUAAAAUCAUGGGAAGAAUUUGAGAAAGCAGCAGAAAGGUUGUAUUUGCAAGACCCUAAGAAGAUUCGAUACACUAUGAAAUAUACACACAGCAAAGGCUGCCUAUCCUUGAAGUUAACAGAUGAUGUUGAUUGUCUUCAGUAUAAAACUGAAAUUGUUCAAGAUUUGAAGAAAGUUGAGAAGUUUAUAAAUAACCUCAUGCGUCACAUGGCUUCAAAAGAACAGUGAUGCAUGUGAUCUAAAUUGUGUGGUAUUCAUGAUGAUAAGAAAAAAUGUUACAACAUAUCAUGUGUAAGAAAUUCUGUAUUCAAGAACAUUUCUAUGUAUGAAAAAACUACCACAGAUAUGUAAAAUAAGUCUGUUAUUUGUAUGAUUGCUUACUUUAGAUGCUUCAUUGUACGUUGAAAUUCAUGUGCAUAGUCACCAAUGAUUUUUGCUUAGAAUUCAUAUGUGAAAAUGACAACUUUUCUCAUGACAACGUGUAUUAUUAAGGAAUGUACACAUGCAAAGAUGGCCUUCAUUGGAUCUCAAAAUUGACACUCACUUAAAUUGGAAAAGUGACAUUGACCACAUGAUACCAGGGUUUAAUUCAACAUGUUAUGAAAUGAGAUCUUUUUCACUUCUUGCUAGUUUACAACUCUUAAAAAGACAAUGACCUCUGCACACUUUCACUUGGUCAUUUCACUUCCUACAAUCUUCAGGGAAAAUUCAACUAAAAUAAUAAAGCUUUCCUCUUGCUCAGAGAUAUGUUUCAUUGGUGGAGAAUGGCUUUUCCAAAAAUAUGAUCCAAAAUGGGGGGGGGUUAACAAUACCUGUAAUGGACUGUAACAGUGCAUUAUCUGAUUGGUUCUCCUGUAUACCAGUAUGGAGUACCAUUGAACCAUCAAAGUAAUAUCAGCAUUCGCUGGGCUAACAUGGUUAAUAUUAAUGCUCCACCCCUGAUUUGCUUUAAUGGCAUUUAUAGUAGACAUAUGACAUUUUUCAUUCAAACUCAGGGAUUCUUACAAUCAGUACUAGGCACAGAUAGAUUCUUAACCUCAAGAGUGUGGGUAUCACAAGUACACUGUUCAGGAAUUAUACUGAAUAACAAGCUCGAAAUAACAGAAGACAAGUAAAAAGUAAAACAAAAAGUAAAGCUGUCCCACUAUACACCAUGUAGGCACUUGGGGGGGAGGAGGAGAUAGCUCCUACUCAUUCUUGACCUUGGCACUAGAUGGGGGUGAGUGGUCAGCAUCACGCCCCGGCGGUGCUAUAGCCCCGGGAAAGGACCCCGGAACCCAUUGGAUAGGAGGUUGGGUGAGCCUCAGAACCGGUAUAGAUUCAGAAGCUACAGGAAAAAUCCUCUGCCCGUCGGGAAUCGAACCCUGGUCGUCAGUUAGAAUUUAAAUCCUUUUAUCAUGCACCUAUUCUUCCAAUGACCUUACAUGUAUCAUGUGUUUGCAUUCUUCCUUUUUAGGUGUUCUUUACACUUUAGUGUAAUUGAAGAACACCUUAUGGGCCUCUUGAUGUGUCUUGUGUUUUUCAGCCAAGACCAUGCUGUCAUCUGAACUAUUCAUGCUGCUGUCAGUAGCAGUAUGAUGAUCAUAAUUAUUAUUAUAUGAUUUGAUUAUGGUUAUUAAAUUAUCAUUUUAUGAUUAUUAAAUGGUGGUCAUAAGAUGGUGAUCAUUAAUACUUGAUAGUUUUUUGAUAAUGCUGGCUAUUAAAUGGUGAUUACUAGGGUUCGGAUGUUCAUGACAUGUCAUAUUUUUAUUGGGGCUUCUAUUUUGAUUCUAAACUGAAAUUAAACACUAAUCACAAUUAGACUAUUUAUUCUGCAUAUAAAUGCAUAUUUAGGUCAUUUUUAUGUGUUUGGUCAUAUUAUAGUUAAAUGCAUAUUUUGGUUAUAUUUUGAGGAUAAAAUGCAUAUUUUCGUUAUAUUUUGAGGAUCAAAUUCAUAUUUUGGGUAUAAACUUUUACUUGCAACUACAUUUCUCAGACACUUACAGUGAAUCCUUCGGUUGAUAUCGAAAGUGAAGUGUUAUGAAAGUGUGAAGUUAAGAGGUUUCAUUAAAGAUUUCAGCAAGGAA